AGGCUCAAACUUCGCGCCCGCGGGCGCGGUAGGGAAGGGGGGUGUCCCACCAGCACUGCGAGUGUUUGGUGGGAUGACCAGCCCCAGUAUGAAGGGCCGGCUGCUCCUCCUAACUAUGCGCCAACACUGCUUGGGAGCUCCCAGGGACUCAUGGAGUCCAGUUCGGCCCCAUCCUUGACCUGGGCUCAGCCAGGUGGACCCUGGGUGAAUCGGAGAGAUCACUUGGUCACCACCGGCAAGAGCGUCGCGGCCAUGCCUCCCAUGAACGAGGCAGCUGCCGUGGCCUGGAAAGCCCGACGAAAGGCCACACUGCAAGGUCAGCUGGGCACCGGAAACCGCAUUAGUUCUGUGGUGCAAUACCCGGUGUCCACGAGGGACCCAGACAACAUGUGCUCCAACUACAAGCGGCACCUCUCUGCGGAGGAUCGUCGAAUUCUUCGCGUGCGUGUGAAGCAUCACAUGCGGGGACAGCCAUCUUGGCCGAGCAAUGUGUAUGAGGCCGAGAAAGUCUUCCUGCAGACCUUUGCAAAGUGCCCAGAGCUUUGCACUGCCUUCUAUGGCAACGAGGACUUCUGCGAAAAGUUGCUCCGGGAAUCCGUCCUGGCUUUCGAGCACGGCAUGUUCGAGGAUGCUCCAAAACACACCCAGUUCAGGAUGAAUAAUCCCAACUGGGAGGAGACCUUCCAGAACAAGGCCGCUGUCGGUGCUGGCGAGGUGGUACGGCGUCUGGCCGAAGUCAGUCCCAAGACGUUGAAACAGUGAGCCCAAGCUGGUGACGAGCGGAUGGAGAGCGGAUGGAGCAGCCUGA